AUGGCUGCCAUGAAAAUGUCCAACUAUGAUAAACAUUGGCCAGAACAAUUAAAGUGGCCAGAACCCGAGUCAGUUGCUUUGAUGGAGGCAUUGGCUAGAGAAGACAUUGAUGAAGCUGUAUACGUGAUAUUAUUUAGAGAAAAUUAUGUUGCAAAGGUUACGGUCCCACCGUUCUGUGAUCCUCUGUUUAGAAGACAGCAAGAGUUGGAUGAAGAGCGGAGGGCUAUUUUUCAGUAUAAGAUGGGUACUUGUGAUCCUUAAAAGAAUUUUAAAGAACUAGAGAAGGCCAGGCAGUAUGCCAGAUUGCCCCAGCUGACUUUCAGUCUCCACAGAGUGGUUCCAAGAGAGCAGCCCACAGCUUCUGCAAGGCCUGUGGGAAGCAAAACUCGUAGCAAAUGCAGGAAAGGUCUUUUUGCUGUGUCUAUAGUUUUGCCUUUUACAGAAUGUCAUAUAGUUGGAAUCACACAGUAUGUAGCCAUUUCUCCUGAAAAGCUUGUCUGUGCAGAAGAGAAAUAUCUGCCUGAUAAAGAGAAAACGACUAGUGACCUAAGUCAGACUGUUUCUGAAAGGCAGUUUUAUUCCUCGAAGCUUGGCCAGAGUAAAAAGCAUGAAAAGAAGAGUCUGUGCACAAGUGGACACUAUUUCCGUAAUCAGGCUGUUCCCACGCUGAGGCUGCAUUUCUUCCCAGUCCUUCACCUCCUGAGUGGCUGUGACCCAGCGGAGGUCACGUGGUGUGAAAUGGUUACAGCGUCACCCAAACCACCCACAGUGGACACAUUCAACCAAGUGGUAACGUCUGGUGGUCUGAUGCCUCAUUUCCACAUAAUACUUUUUAUAGCCCUGAAAAUGGAAAUCCUGGCAUCUAAACACAGCCGAACAUGUUAA